GCCUACUACCGCGUCCUUCAGUCCUUCAGUCGGCGCUACCUUGUGAGGGCAGCGACAGCUGAGGACCUUGAUUCAACAUGGCAAUCAGGUGGGGAAUCUGCAGCGCAGGGAGGAUCAGUCAUGAGUUUACUGUGGCUCUGAAAACUCGUCCUGCAGAAGAACAUCAGAUUGUGGCUGUUGCAGCUCGUAGAUUGGAGGACGCUGAGGAAUUUUCCAGAAAACACAACAUCUCUAAGGCUUACGGCGGCUACGAGGACUUGGCCGCAGAUCCAGACAUAGAUGUUGUGUAUGUUGGAGUCAUCCACCCGUACCAUCUGGAGGCCUGUAAACUUUUCACAAAUGCUAAAAAGAACGUUCUGUGUGAGAAGCCGCUGAUCAUGAACGCCAAGGAAGUGAAAGAGAUUCUGGACUCUGCCAAAAAGAAUGAUGUCCUCCUCAUGGAGGCUGUGUGGACCCGUUUUUUCCAGGCCUCUGUGGAGAUCAGAAGGCUGCUGACUCAGCAGUACAUAGGGGCGGUGAAGAUGGUCCGUGCGGACUAUGGUGUGCCGCUGUUGAACUUGCUGAGGGACCCUGAUGGGGCAUUAUUAGAUCUUGGUAUCUAUUGCCUUCAAGUAAUAAAUGUGGUGUACAACGGAGAGAAGCCGGAGAGUAUCCAUGUCAGCGGGGUCUGCAUGGAGACGGGAGUGGAUGAGACUGUGACUGUGAUUCUUAAGUAUUCUAGAAACAGAAUGGCGACAUUCACCUGCUCUGUUGUGGUCAAGCUGCGCAAUGAUGCCAUUAUUGUUGGGACAGAAGGCAAACUCGAGGUCCUUUCACCUAUGUGGUGCCCCACAAAAAUGCUUGUUCUUAGGAAGAUGAGCCAGAAUCCGGAACCUGAAUGCUUCUAUACUAUCAACCUUACCCACAUCCCAGGGAAUCGUUGCGAGGCAGAUGAGGUCCGCUACUGUCUGCUCAAUGGACUGAAGGAGAGUCCAGUCAUACCCCUUGCUUACACUCUGCUGCUGGCUGAAAUAGAGGAAGAGAUCCGCCGACAGUUGGAAGUGGCGUACAGCCAGGACUGCCAGAGCAACAUGGCAACCAGGUGGGGAAUCUGCAGCGUGGGGAAGAUCAGUCAUGACUUUGCUGUGGCUCUGAAAACUCUUCCUGCAAAAGACCAUCAGGUUGUGGCUGUUGCAGCUCGUAACUUGGAGGACGCUGAGGAGUUUUCCAGAAAAUACGACAUCGCUAAGGCUUACGGCAGCUGCAAGGAGUUGGCCAGAGAUCCAGACAUAGAUGUUGUGUAUGUUGGAGUCAUCCACCCGUUCCAUCUGAAGGCCUGUAAACUUUUCACAAGUGCUAAAAAGAACGUUCUGUGUGAGAAGCCGUUGGCCAUGAACACCAAGGAAGUGAAAGAGAUUCUGGACUCUGCCCAAAAGAAUGACGUCUUCCUCAUGGAGGCUGUGUGGACCCGUUUUUUCCCGGUCUCUGUGGAGAUCAGAAAGCUGCUGGCUCAGGAGUACAUAGGGGAGGUGAAGAUGGUCCGUGCGGACUUUGGUGUGCCGGUGUUGCACGUGCCAAAAUCGUUUCAGAAGGAACUCGGUGGAGGAGCAUUACUAGAUCUUGGUAUCCAUUGCCUUCAAUUCAUAAAUAUGGUGUACAACAGAGAGAAGCCGGAAAGUAUCCAAGCCAGCGGGGUCUGCCUGGAGACAGGAGUGGACGAGACUGUGACUGUGAUUCUUAAGUAUUCUAGAAACAGAAUGGCGACAUUCACCUGCUCUGCUCUGGUCCAGCUGCAUAAUGAUGCCAUUAUUGUUGGGACAAAAGGGAUAAUCCAGGUCCCACCUCCUAUGUGGUGCCCCACAUCACUGGUUGUUAAUGGGAUGGAGACCCAGUAUCCGGUACCUGAAUCCUACUUGCCUCUCAACUUUACCAACAGCACAGGGAUGCGUUACGAAGCAGAGGAGGUCCGUCAAUGUCUGCUCAAGGGGCUGAAGGAGAGUAAAGUCAUGCCCCAUGCUGACUCUCUGCUGCUGGCUGAAAUAGAGGAUGAAAUCCGCCGGCAGGUUGGAGUGGUGUACAGCCAGGACAGCCAGUAAAAAUUCGACUUAUUCAUGUUGUGAUUAAAUACAACCAGUUUACAAUGGAGACUAACUUACUGUUUACUUCAAGAAUAGUUAAUUUCAUGUGAUUUAAUUUAUAAUUUUGUAGGAAAACACUGCUUGACCUCCAACUAUGAUUAACUUCUUAUUAUUUUUUGAAAUAUAAACCACUCAAGAUGACCUCUCAACCACAUGUUAGGUUAGGAAGCUGUUGUCUUUUCAUAUUUACAUGUUGUACACCAGCUUUGGAUACAGAUGUAUUGAAACUCACUGAGCACCUUCAACAAUGAAAUGUAAAAUCUUUGACAAUCUGUGAAAUAAAUAUUCUAGCCAAUUU